AUGCGACACUGGGUAGCCUGCUGUCCUGGCUCAUCACUGACUCGGCCAAAAAGUAUGCCCGUCACUCACACCAGCUACCGGCUCUCUGGAGACCUAUUAAAACGUGUAUAUGUACCACGUCGUCGUGCACCGAGCAGCCUGCCAUACCUGCGCCGACUCUGGCCAGGAAGCAACCUAGCACAGCCCACAGCACAGCACAGCACAGAGCCCAGCCCACAGCACAGCACAGCACAGAGCCCAGCCCACAGCACAACACCCAGCCCACAGAACAGCCCAUCCCACAGCACAGCGCCCACAGCACAGUGCACAGCACAGCCCAGCCCACAGCACAGCACCCAUAGCACAGCGCCCAGCACAGCCCAGCCUACAGCACCCAGCCCACAAUACACCGCACAGCCAACAGCACAGCCCAGCCCAGCCCACAGCCCACAGCACAGCCCAGCCCACAGCACAGCCCACAGCACAGCACAGCCCAGCGCACACAGCACAGCACAGCACAGCCCAGCCCACAGCACAGCACAGACCACAGCACAGACCAGCCCAGCCCACAGCACAGACCAGCGCCCACAGCACAGACCAGCCCACAGCCCAGCCCAUAGCACACAGGCCAUAGCUUCCACAGCACAGCCCGGCCCACAGCCCAGCGCCCACAGCACAGCGCCCACAGCCAAGCCCAGCCCAGCUCAGCCCACAACACAGCCCAGCGCCCACAGCCCAGCACACGGCCCACAGCCAAGCCCAGCACACGGCCCACAGCCAAGCCCAGCACAGCCCAGCACAGCCCAGCCCACACACCCAAAUAAAAUCCAGGUUUGA